AUGUCAAAAAGUGAACGAGAUGGUUUAGUUCAGGUGAGUUUUCCUCGCUAUUUGAAUUUAUCAUUUUUCUUGUUGUUUCCAGAUUUGCUGUGAUUAUCUUGGAAUAUCAAAAAUUGAUCAAGAUGCAAAAAACUUGGUGGAGCAUUUCGUUAGUUUUUUUUUUGAAUUCAUUAUUAGAACUCUGAAAACCCCGCUGUUUUCAGAAUAAAGAAUUUAUAAGAAGAACAAUUAUUUUGGCCAAAAAAUGGGCGAAUAGAUCAGGGCGAAGUAAAUUACAACCAUCUGAUUGGACAAAUGCUGUUGCUGCACUUCAAAAGUCUGAAUUUGCUGUAAGUUUUCACCAAAUUCUGAUCUCAUAAUGUAUAUUUUCAUUUUAUAGAAGUCAGUUUUUCCUCUUCUCGAUACAUUCAAUCUCGAUAUUGAUAAUCUUCAUCCAAUUCCCGGAAGUUCAAAUUUAUAUGCGAAACCAAAUCGAGAAAUUGAAAUUGAUCCAAAUGGUAAAACUAUGGGAUCAAAUAAUAUGCCAAUACAAGAAAGAAUUCGAUCAUAUUUUCUUGUAACUGAUGGAAAUCUUUCGAAAUCUGCAUAUACUUUAAAUUUAUCAGAAGAAGACAUUGAUGAUGAAGAAGAUAUGAAACCAGAAAAAUUCACAGAUCAUUCAGUUAAAUUUGAUACAUCGGCUAUAAAAAUGUAUCAACAAUCACUGAAAACUAACAAAAAUGAGCAAAUUGUUGGACUCAAACCAAAUGUUGUUGAAUCAUUAUCUAUGGUAUGUUAAUUUCAUUUAAUUUAUGUAAAUAACUGAAAAAUUUCGAUAUUUAGGAACAACAAGCAUUUAUGAGAGAAUUUUUGAAUACAAGUCUGACAGCGGAUGAUAAAAAGAGACAAGAAGCAUUGAGAUCACUUGAAAAAGAUGCAAGUCUUCAACAAAUGAUACCUCAUCUUGUACAAAUUAUUCAAAGAUGUGUGAGUGUUUUGAAUUUGUUAUAUUAUUCAAAAAAUCCAUUUAUUUUACAGAUAACUGCAAAUAUUGCACAAAAAUGUCUUAGUUUGAUUAUUUAUGGUUGUCGAACUCUAAGAUGUAUUUGUAUAAAUAGAUCAAUUGAUUUAUCAAUGCAUCUUCAUAUUCUUCUUCCUCUUUUACUUACUUGUAUUAUUGGAAGAUCUGAAGAUAUUUGUAUUCGACCAGAAAGUGAUAAUCAUUGGGUUUUACGAGAUUAUGCAACUAAAACUCUUCUUCUAAUAUUUAAAAAUCAUAUUCGUCCUGAACAUUUGCCAAAUUUGAAACUUCGUGUAUAUCAAUAUGUUUAUAAUGUGAUUCGAAAUGAGAAUUCGUCACCUGCGGCAAUGUUUGGAGCUGUUCCAGUUUUGAGUGAAUUUGCUGAAUAUGAAAAUAUGGAAAGUUUGGUGCAUAUUUUUAGCGAAUUGGCAAAUAAGCAUCGAGAUAUUCAUAAUGAUAAUAUUAUGAAUCCACAUUUACAAACUAUGGCAUUGGAUUCAUUGAGAUUACAUCAACAAAUUGUGGUACGUUUUUGGGUUUUUGGAAUUAUCGGGAUCAGGUCGAAAAAUACAUAAAAAUGUAUUUUUUUCAAAAUAAAGAAUUAGUUUUCGUGUUUUUUCUACCUGAAAUAUCCCAUAAAAUCACUAAUUCCUUGUAUUUUUGUCAGAAAUAUGAUGCAAUUGUACGAACACGUUUGGAUAAUUGGAAGGAGAGAAAUUGUAUCAAAUAA